CAGUACAGGUGCUUCGAGAACUGCCGAAGAAGAGAGGAGAUAUUUGAGUUGAAGAAGAGAGGUAACAUUUACAGUUCGUAGAGGUGGGAGAUGUGAGGAGUCAGGACACCUGGCUUGCGUGUGAAAUGGAUACUGGUGCGACCCUUUGAGGGACUGCUGUCACAGAGCGCUCCGCCGACUGACUAAGAAGAAGAAGACACCGAGCUGUCCUGCGAAUUUAAAUCCCAGCACGUUAAAAAGUGUGACAUUCACCUUUUGCUUCAGGUCACUUCAAGUGUCCACAGCACCUGUUGGAGCUCAGUUUCCUCCCUCCAGUCAAACAUGACAGAGAGGACCCCAUGGUGGAAGGCUUUCCUUCCAAAGAGGAAGAGCGGUGGCUCCAAGGAUGCAGGUUCGCCUCAUGUCUUUGACCCAGACUUUGACCCCUUUGCACAACGUCCAGAGAAGAAAAAAGAUCCUGCCGCGGCUGCCUCCAAGACCACUGGUGACCAGUCCCUGUCUCAGCAGGACUCCAGCAACAACUCCAGCCUCCUUAGUGACGACACCUACGACGACUCCCGGCUGGAGUCGGUCUUCAACGAGCAGACGUGUCGCAGGAACAUGAAGGUGUCACGCUCGGGUCGAUUUAAAGAGAAGAGGAGGGUGCGCUCGAGCCUUCCUAUACAGGAGAAAGAGACAGAAAAUGUGGCAUCAGGGAAAGAGGACAUACGGUGACGUGGGGAUAAAAUGUGGGAGAUCAAAGACUGCAUUGAGAAGAUGCUUUGACGAGAAGGAGAGAGAUCUGAGUACAUGAAGAGGCUUCGGACUCUUGAGGCAUUUCAGGAGGUCUGCUGUAUGUUGGUGAUGAUGGAGAUGACAAGGAAGAUUCAACUUUUAGCCCAGUACUGCAGGAUUAAUGUGAUGUGGUACAAUAAAUAUUGAAAAUUUGAUGAUGGACUAGUGCCAGAGGGCCACAGAAACAGAGACAAACAGGGACUUUAUUUGUUUAUGAUGGUUAUUGAACCAUUUUGCCAACAAUAUCCCAUAAUCAAAGCCCCAGAUGAGGAGAUACAGUAGUAAUGCAGUGAGCACUUAAAAGCCCCAUGUAGCUACAGUCCCACAGUGUCCCUGUUUUAGUCAUCACUGGGCAACUCAUAAAACAACCUGUAAGAAAGCACAGUCACUGAAUGUCAUUUUCUAUCCAUACUCAAGAUAAAAGUGUGAUAUACUUCAAGAAAAUAUUGUUUAUAAGAUGUUUACAUUAUUUCUAUAAUACAAAUAAUAUAUGUUGGAUAAUGAAGGAUAAGUAUAAUGCUCCUUUUACAAUGCUUUUACAAAAAAAAAAAAUCUUGAUUCUAAAGGGUUAGGAAGGAUGUUUAUGAAGGUGUAAAUGAUUCCAUUAUUAUGUGUGAAAAACAAUCAGCUAGUGGAAGAAAUGCUUGUGAGCAGCUUUUAGUCUGACACACAACACUUGCCAGCAAAACAGCAGAAAAUAUUUCAAAUGAAAUGAAGGAUGAAAUCCGGCGUGAUUUCUAACUGAAACAAAGUUGAUGUUGAAGUAAGAGGUUAUUGUUGUGUCCAGCUGAAGGAGAUGUGGCCAUGGAGCUAAAGGAAGUAUGAUCCAACCACGGAUGUAGUUUUUGCUUUACAGGACUACUGUACUUUGGAUCAGCUGUGAAAUAAAUCUGAAAACUGCUGCCGUCA